AUGCCUCGUCUUUGGCUAAACACAUUUACAAGAAACCGUACAGCACCUGCAUCAUCUGGACAAGAUGACCUUCUUCACAGUUCGCCCUUAUCAACACAUGAAGAGUCGGCAUCUAAGCAGAAACAGCCACUAACGGAAGCCGGAAAGGAUGAUCAUGAGCUAAGAGAUGGUUCGAGCUCAGCCUCCACUCAAUAUUCCAUGAAACGUCUUACUCCCCGCUCGCAUGCCUUGGAAAGUCUGGCAUCUUCGCUUCCACAGAAGUCUCCUGUACCAUAUCUCAGCAAGCGAUUACCUUCUCCUCCAACAAGAGAAGAGCAUAGCGACAAUCACGCGGACCCUUCGAACUUGACCCGGCGAAUGGUUCACAGUGUGCGAAUUGAUCACUCCAUCUCUGGAAGUAGAGGUGCCACCUCUACCUCUACCUCUGCCCUCGACUUUCGCGCCACGGAAGACCGUGUUGUUCCAUCUAUAUGCCUAACAUCAUCCCCGAAACAGUCAAUGUUGAUGGAGAUAAAGUCUUCAGAAAUUGUACGAAAAGCAGAACAAGAUCCCAUCCCUGCUGGACAAUCUUUGAGAAGGAAACCCGACCAAGAACUCGAUCAUGUAGCGGCAUCACUCAUCGAGAGUCCACAGAAACCCGACGCUUCGGGGGGAAUUUUCCUCGUGGCCUCUCAUGGAACCACUACACCCUCUACGACAACUAGAAGCGGGACACAUACAAUUCCAUCUAUCUCGCUUUCUAAGAGCACUCAAGCAAUCGAUGGGCAUCAGUGCACAGAUGGCGGACCAGUCAUUUCGGGAAAAGCGGCUGAGAAAUCUCCUGAGAAGCGAUCGAAACAUAAGAGCCGAACUAAUGAGGAGGUCAGAGCAAAAGAGAAGAGAGAAAGGCAUAAAUCCUCACAUCCGAGACUGGAGGCUAAUGACAUCUCGGGCGAACCGGAACAAUCUAGCUCGGGUCUCAAGAGCAGAGUAAGAAAGAGUUCAUCUCAUUCACAUCGUCGCGCAAGUAGUUGUACACAAGGAAUACCAACCAUCACUGAUAAGGACGGGAAAAGCCUCGACUCAAAAGAAGAGAAACCCUCUGGUUCAUCGUCUCGCCGUAGCGGCGAGAAGAAGAGACACUCAUCAAAAAGUAGCGAGCAAAAGCAUCUAGUCAACUCUGAUGAAGGCAUGAACCGGAAUGAAAAGGUUCGAGCCAAAUCUACUAGAAGCAGGUCGAAAUCAGACGCCUCAAAGGAGAAAGCCUCCCGAGAACUGCAUAGGUCUCAGCGCGCUUCUAUGGCUGCGCCAUCUCAGGCUUCCCACUCAACACCUCGCGAACAGCUCUCCAAAUUGGAUCUUCUAAAGACAAGGGCAUCCAUCUCGAGUUAUUCGCCUCUUGCGGCAUUCCUUGGUACCACCUCAUCAAGCGCAGCAAAUACUCCAGCCACCUGCUCACCGUUACAAAGGCUGCCAUACUCGUUCGAAAAUGCCUUGAAGGGGAGUAAAAUUGAAGAAGAAAACACUUCCAAAACCGAAUCACCCGAGUUUCGCAGUCUAUUUGCGUCAAUGCCUCCUCAAGUUCCCAAGACAAGCACUCAACUGGAUUGCAUCUCACCGACCAAUACCCAAUAUGAUUCGUCCUUUUCCAGCGCGAAAAUUCCAAACGUGGUCACUCAACUUGAAGACGCGGGGUUACCCCAGAAGAGCACGAGUCCUGCGCAGGAAGUCUCGCAUCUUUCUGAUAGCGAAGCAAACAAUUCGGGACGUGAUCAACCUGAGAGUAUUGGUCAACAAUGUGAAGAAUUCAUUGCACUCAAGAAUGGCCAAGAGAUAUCUCGUCAGAUCGUUUCUGAACAGAAAGCUCUGGAAUGCCUUGCCAAAGAAGAAUUGAAGUCUAUGUCAGAUGCGCCUCUGAGAAGGGCAUCUAUUAUGCCGAUCUCAGUCAAAACCUCUUCCUCCGUACUUUCGGAAAACGAAGAUCCAUUGCGAAAGUAUUCAACGGUAUCCUCUGUAUCGACGCAAUGCUCGUCAUUAUUUUCCAAACAGACAUCAGGGAGUCCUACGACACCCCCGUCAUCUCAUUACGCAGAAAUUACGUCAAAAUCAUUUGGUGAAUUUGCGAUGUCAAACAUUUCAAGCACGGAAUUGACCACAGAAGAUCCCAGCAUAGAUGACAUAGAGUCAAAGGAUCGCUCAGAGGCGGGAGAGCUUGAACACAGGGGUGUUCCACUCGAAUCUCUGACCAAGGAUUCUAAUGUAAAUUCAACGGGAUCCGAUUCAAAAGAGACGAAGAGCAAAAAAGAAGAUAAGCUCACGAGUGAAAUUGAUCAAAUCCUUGCCGAGAUCGGGCAAAUUUUUCCAGAACCCCCACAAGAAGACGGACCGGAUGAAUCUCUGAAGAACGAGCGGGAUCGAGGAGUGGAUGUGAUCAAAAGUAUCGGUCCCGACCUCAAAACUAAGGCAGAUGAGAUUGAAAAAACUGCCACAUCACCUCUAAAACUUUCGAAACGUCACCGGUCAAGGACUGACCUCUCAAACCUGGAUCCUAUUUAUGAGGGAGUAAUCGACUCACCUGCAUCUAUGCAAUCGCCAACUACUCUAUAUCCGGUUUUGGAAAGCACUUCCGAGUCGUGUAUGGAGGCAAACCUGCGUGAACACAUGAAGACAUUCGAAAUGACCGACCCGAGAGGGAAAGCCUCCGAACGCCAGUUUUCUAACUUCUACAUGGAUCUUGGUCACUACACCGAUCAUGUCAUUAUGACAACUUCAGACGAAAAGAAAGAUGAUGACGUUCAUUUCGGUGGACAAGAUGUGCGGGAAUAUAACCCACAGAGAUCUAAGUUGACUAUUCAAACUGGCAAGAGCCUUCAAAGGACAUCUGAUCUUAGUUGUGUGACUCCCGCUAUGAGGAUAAGACUUUCGAAUUCCCUGAAGGAAAAGAAUGCGACAUUGGUAGAGGUUGAGGAAGCACAAAAUUCUUCUUCGUGCGUAGUUGAAGGAUUUCCUGAAAGCGGCAGCAACAACACUGUAGGAAUUGCAGAAGAGGACGUGCUGUUCCACGCGAGUCCUGAUCAGGCAAAUAUGGACGACCACUUCGAAUCGGAAACUACUCCACAUGACGACUCCUCUAUAAAAAUAAGUGAUAAGGUUCCGCAAGAUAUAAGUCAAUCGAAUUUAGACGAGAGCGGCACAUCAGCUGAUUCUGCGAAAAUUGACGCGACUCACGAACAAAAACAAAUGCUGGAAGCAAUGACUGGCCAGCGACGUAAGCCUAAAAUAUCGCGACGUGCAACAGAGCCGGGAAUGCGCCCUAAAGAUCAAGCAUCUGACAUAGGGAGUCCCAGUGUGACAGAAAAGGUGCCAAGCGAGGCGGCUGCCGAAAAGGACACUGUGAAAGUCCCGAAGCCGAGGUUUGAACACGCACUUUUGCGACAUCCUAGGAUACUUCAAACAUUGAUUUCUCGCAUGGACUACUUGGACUUUUACACGCUACCUCAGAUCUCUCGCAAGUUACGAUACGGUUUGAAUUCUGGAGAGCCCCGUGAGGUGAUAUUAGAGAGAUACCUAGGAGCUGUUGGAUAUCGCAAAGAGCCUUCCGAAGAAUACAUGUAUUCUACCCAAGGAUAUCAGACGAAGGGACCCUCCGGUGUGCGCACUAACUACCGCCAAACUCUUGGGUCCACGCCUAGUAACUCUUCCAACCCAUUGAGACGAUUGAGGUCUGCUUCUGUUAUCUCCCUGUCUAGUAGACUAAAAGAGCUUCAGAUCAGUCUGAAAGACUUGCAUGCCUACUAUACAGGACUUGAAUUUGGCCCAGAAGAACUUGCAGAGUUGGCGGAUAGAUUAAGAUCGAGCGGUUUGGAUCUGCCAACGUUCAGAAUGAUCCGGGCAUCUACCAGAUCGUAUAACAAAUUGCUAGUUAGAAUCAGAUCUCAGUCAGCUCUCUUGGAGGAGGAAAGUCAGGCACCACGAAGUACGAGUUAUCAUUUAGGAAAACCUCUCCUUCCUAUAUACGCUCUCGGGAAACCAGCGGUAUUCAAAGUUUGGGUCCCUACCGCAGAUUUGUGGAUGUCCCGGGAAGAACUAGUGGAAUGUGAACGGGAGCUAUGGAAGUCAGAAGUUAGACCGUUGAUGAGAAGGGGUGAUGUGUGUCAUAACACUGCCGUAGGCGCCCGCGUAAAUGAAGGUCGAGUUUUGUUCGACGGAAGAUGCUUGCAAGAUCUAGAUAUCACUUGGGAUCAUCUCGGGCACCUUCCUCCAUGGCUCAACAUGUUUAUGUUUCCUCCUUCAUAUUACCACCAUGUGAUCUCAUCAUCUACCACCACCCCGGUCUUUUUCCUAGAUUUGACCGAAUUCAAAGAUCAGAUACAAAGAACUAUGGAACUUUGUAAAGAUAAAGUUCGCGUUCCUACCAAUCAAGUUCAAGUCAUGCGUCGAAACUCUUGCUAUCGAGUUCAGCGAUGGGUCUACAGAUCUGUGGUAAGAGUCACGCCAGGUACAAGAACCUCAGUAGUUGAAGGUUUGAGAGAGUGGGACUCGCCCGACAUGGGUUCUGGUCUGAUACAUAGAGACUGGGUUGGAAAACUAGUCAUCGAAGUCGAGGGAACAACUGAGAAGGCUAGGGAUCUGGUCCAACGAUGUACCAAAGCUUCAGUUGAUAGCUUGAUAUCUGCAGAUAAGAUAUCGUCCUACCGAUUCGCUAGCAAGGAACAGCAACAGGCGAUGCGUGUCAAACUAAGAAGUGCGCAACUUUCCCCGUGGAAAAUUAUCCGUGAAAGGUCAAGGCCAGGGCUCUUAUGGCUUCAAGCUGCCUAUUACGCCAAUGAGGAAGACUUGAUUGAGUGA